UUCCGGUUUGGGCGCCGCUGGGGAGGAUGAUCAGUGGUGCACAGCUGAGUCCCUCAUCACCACAAUGGCUGGGCUGCCGCCGUUGCUUUCCUCUCGUCGCAUCUGGCUCGUCUGUUUACUGGGUGUUGCGCUGCUUGGUCGUGCUCAACUGGCGGAGGAUGGAGGAGUCUUCAACCCCGGACAGACAGCUCCUGGAGACGUGUCUGCAGCCCAGCAGCGCAGGUAUUUGUUAUAUGAUGUGAAUCCACCUGAAGGAUUUAAUCUUCGACGAGACGUUUAUCUACGCAUGGCAUCCUUGAUGAAGAGUCUGCUAAAGAGUGAAGCUUGGGUACUGGUUCUUCCUCCCUGGGGGCAUCUCUACCAUUGGCAAAGCACAGAUCUUGAACAAGUCCGCAUUCCAUGGAGUGCAUUCUUUGAUGUGCCUAGCCUAAACAAGAACAUCCCUGUUAUUGAAUAUGAAGAGUUCAUUGCAGAGUCAGGUGGACCAUUUGUACAGCAGAUUUAUGUUCUGCAAGGAUAUGCAGAAGGCUGGACAGAGGGCCAGUGGGAAGAAAAGGUGGAUGAGCGGCCUUGUAUUGAAUCUCUUACAUAUGUGAACGACAAACAAGGAUUUUAUAGAGGUUGGUUUUGGGGUUACAAGGAGACAAGAGGCCUCAGUGUCGCCUGUGUGUCUGUUCAAGGUUCAGCCUCCAUCAUGGUACCAGUUUUGCUGCAAAACACCACAGCACAGUCUGUAAUGAUAGACAGAGCUGAGAACCUGCUUCAUGACCACUAUGCAGGGAAAAGUUACUGGGAUGCUCGGAGAAGCAUGGUUUUUGCCAAACAUCUACGUGUAGUUGGGGAUGAAUUCAGGGCUAAGUAUCUAAACUCUACAGAUGAAUUGGACAACACUGUGUACAAUGAGGAUUGGACUAAGAUAAAGGUGAAGUUGGGCACUGCCAAAGGAGGCCCCUACUUGGCUGUGCAUUUGAGGAGGAAGGACUUUAUCUGGGGCCACAGAAAGGAUGUCCCAAGCAUCAAAGGAGCUGCGAAGAAGAUCCACAGCCUAAUGAAAGAACUAAAGCUGGACAAUGUGUUUGUAGCCACAGAUGCUGCUGAGGAAGAGUUGAUGGAGCUGAAAAGCUUUCUCCCAAAGAUGAUUCGGUUUGAACCAACACAAGCAGAGCUCCAAUUAUACAAAGAUGGAGGCGUGGCCAUCAUUGACCAGUGGAUCUGUGCUCAUGCCAGAUUUUUCAUUGGAACUUCAGUGUCAACCUUUUCAUUCCGUAUCCAUGAGGAGCGUGAGAUUCUGGGCUUUCAGCCAAAAACUACUUACAACAGGCUGUGUGGUGACCAAGAGAAGGAAUGUGAGCAACCAACGCAUUGGAAGAUAGUCUACUGAACGGGAUAAUGUUGUAAUGCCACUCAAUUACCUCAACUGAUCCAAAUUAUCCAGUUACAGGAGAAUCAGGCACAUUGUUUACAAGAGGCCUUUUACGUCAUUUUCACGCAGCCUUCUGGUAAUGUUAACCGAACUCUGUUUAUGGCAUCAAUCCCUUUCGUGGCCCACUGAGUCACCAGGAGAAAUCUCUUGCCAAGCAGUUCUGGGUAAUUCCACACAGAUGCAGAGGCAGCUUGAUGUCUCCUUUCUUCAGAUCCUGUGUAAAGAUUCUGUAAAACAAUCAUGAUUUUCAUUGGAGCAUUAAUUACUGCCAGCUUGCACUUUACCUGUAAAAAAAAAUGCCUUCCAACUCAUUAUCAUUCCAUCUGAGUAAGAUUAAGUAGUUAAAAAAAUCUUUAACUCUGCUUUACAUAAUUUAGGUUCACAAGUAGGCUGUAAAGAUGUAAAGGAGAUAUUUACAAAUAUCAGCCUAGCUGCAUAAUAUUAAGAUCUCUGAAAGUUCCUACUAAUGUAAUUUGCUUGAAAACACUUAAGAUUGAGUAAUGAAAUUCAAACCUCAAGUGCCUGCUCUGAUUUUAUCAGAAUCUACCAGUCUCCAAAGCCUAAUUGUGUAAACACUAAUCAGGGAACAGCAACAUCUAAGCAUUUGAUUAAUCAAUCAAUGUUGUCCCAAGGAAAACAGAGUUCCCAUUGUUCAAGUUUGAAUAUGUUACAGGUGCUAGAACAAUUUCUCCAUGAAUUCCUCUCUAGCACAUUCCUAAAUCAGUUCCAUUUCACGUUCAUAUUGUUAUUUACCUCAAACAUUGAAUUCAGAACAUUAACAACAGAGCAUGAAGAAGUUAGCUAUUUCCGAGUGGAGGUAAACCUGGGUGACAGAGGACUCAUUUCUUGGAACAAUUGAACUAAAGAUCUGCAGACAAUCACCAGAAAGAAUUGAAGUUCAGAUCUGCCAAAAUCUAAACUGGAUAACCUGGCCUAUAAAGUUGUUAAACCUAAAGUAUUAUAUACUUUCAUCUGUGAAUCAUAGGACAUUAUACCAUUUUAUAUUGUAGAAUUAAUAUAAAAUUUGCAAUCCUUCAUUAGAGUUUUAGGUGAAUUCCAUUCACUUGUAUUGAACUAACUUUUAGAUGUUUCAUGAAACCUUGAGAUAGCUGAGGUUGCAACAUGUUCUGUGGAGAAGUUUUAUUGUAGGUACAAACACCAUUGAAACAUGUUUUUAGAGUCCAGCUAGAUAACUGGAUCUCUCCCUUUGAAAUAUCAGUAUUCACUUGGCUGCUUUAAAACUCAAACACAUCAUACACUAAUACGUACUUCAGAUGAUCUGUUCAUCUCUUACUUUCUUCUUGGACAUCUCUAUCUUUUGUUUCAUGUCUUGGUUUAUCACAUUUGGUCAAUUUACAUUUGAUUCCUCACCAGUGUUCACAUCAAGAACUGUAAGCUUUGAAACUGUUCCAAUUCACAAGAAGCUUAAAAGUUCUCAGUGCAUUGAGCAGUUUGACUUGACUCUUGAUUUAGUAUUGAUCGCCAACUAUUUAUUAAAAGCAGUUUGUAUACUAUUUUUGAAAUAAAAAGCUCCACAAUCUAAUUAUUUCAAUUACGGCUUUCUAAUUGCAACAGAAUUUUCAGGGACCACGUGAAGAAACCUCCACUUCAGCACUGGUCAGUUAUCUUGCAUGGAACUUCUGUUACUAGUCAUAUCAUCAUCUUUGAGUUCUACUCAUUAGCAAAUUCAACUUUGGAAGGCCUGCUUCUGCAAAAAAAUAGUGACUUCUUUUUCUGAAAAGGAGGCAGUAAAGGUGACCUGGUGUUCAAUGCAAUUUCAAGUCAAUUUUGUUGUCAUACAAGGGAAAAAAUGCUUGCAGCACUAAGACAAGCACAAUGAAAUGGACAAAACAAUAUAAAUUAUACAAGACAGUUAAGGGACAGAAGGAAAAAUGAUGCAAAAAUAAGAUCUUGGUGCAAAAAAAAGACAAGUUCAAGAUACACAAUCAGAGAACAUUGUUUACACAGAGUUGUUGGAAUGUGGAAGUGGCUAUACCACAGCUAACCAGUAAAGCAAAUUGAUGCAUUUACAAGAAAGCUAGGUAAGCACAAGGAAGAGAGCUGAGGUGAAUGGAUGACCAAAGACCACAUGGAAAAUAGACCAAAAGGCCAUGUAAUUGCCUGCACAAACUAUUGAAAUCACAUAAUUGGUUCUCCAAAAUGAUGUGGUGAAAUAGAUUUCCAAAAAUUGACCCAAAUAAAGAGAGGA